AUGGCCGUCACCCCGCAGAUGUUGUGCCCCCUCUGCGCUGAAAUCUUCAGUGACAAGAGGCACGUCUACAAGCACCUCAAGUACAGGCGAUUUCAAUGUGGACAGGGAGGAUGUACACGAAAGUUCUACACUGAGGAUGAGAAGGUGGCACAUUGUGCAGAGGAAGGGCACAGGGAAACGUUCAAGGUAAUAAUGAUAAUAAUUUAA